GCCAGGGGGGCCAGGAUGGAUCUGGCCGGGAGUCACGGGGGCCGGAAACCCGGGGGUUACCAUGUCUGCAGCUAUUCAGUCGGUCGCUUCAUUCCAUACUCGCAAGAAUCCGAUCGCAAACGUGUCGAAUGAUUCAUGGGUGUCGAUCCCAUCAUCCCAGGAGGGGGGAAUAUGUAGCUAAUUGGAUAUUGAUCUUGCCUCACUUGCCGGCGAUAAGCACGGACCCGGAGUCUAUUUUUUUUUACAGAUUUCCGUACGAUCAGUCCAGCCCAGCAACCAGCAGCCAAUGGGAAGCCGCAUGCAGCUGUUUCCAGCAUCCUGGAACAGAUCCGCCUGGUCGAUGGCCCGACCGUGACCAAAGUCCUGACCUUCGUACAUAUACUCCGUACUUUACUACUUUUACUGAGUUUAGUACUUUCCGGGUGGCAUUGUGGCGCUGGCCAGGAACAAUGGGCGGAGCAGUCAGGUUUACGACAAGGUUCUGCAGCUGCGUCAGAUCCAUUGAACCUUCACUGAGGGAGGGACAUGACCCCAGGCUAUUGAAAGCCAUUGCCACAGAUAGAUUGGAUGCCUGUAUUGGGAGGUCAUUUGUCAGCUGGACCAGAACUGACUUUAGGCACUCGAGGGAGACCGUGCGACGUGAUUCAUGCGGCGAGGUGCUUUUGCGACCAUUGUGUCAUGGUGAGACGAGGCCUCCCCGGCGAUCAGGAUCUGGUCCACACCCCUUCUGCAGCUAUCCUGGCCCUGGGAAUCCUGCCGAUGCGACCGUCCUACCAGGAUUGCCGUUUUCAGAAGUCUAAGUACGGGCAGAUCGGACCGGAUGAGCACCUUGCUCCUAACCUGGUGAAUCGACGGAGCUAUUGAUCUGGAUUCUAGCUGGCGCGGCUUUUGGAUCCGCGAAGCUCUAUAUAAUCCCUG